AUGGAUUUGAUGGAGAAGAACGUGGAGUUAGUCGAGGUUCAGAAACUUGAAGGCCACACCGAUCGGGUUUGGAACGUAGCCUGGAACCCCGUCUCCUCUUCACCGGUUCUUGCUUCGUGCAGUGGCGAUAACACCGUACGAAUCUGGGAACAGAGCUCGCUCUCUCGCUCCUGGACCUGCAAGACAGUUUUGGAAGAAACGCACACAAGAACCGUGAGGUCGUGUGCUUGGUCACCUUCAGGAAAGUUACUGGCCACUGCAAGUUUUGAUGGUACAACUGCUAUCUGGGAGAACUUUGGGUCUGAGUUUGAGUGUAUUUCUACGUUGGAGGGACAUGAAAACGAAGUCAAAAGUGUAUCAUGGAAUGCAGCUGGUUCAUACCUUGCAACCUGUAGUAGAGACAAGUCUGUCUGGAUUUGGGAAGUGCUUCCAGGUAACGAAUAUGACUGUGCUUCGGUGCUAAAUGGGCAUACACAAGAUGUGAAGAUGGUUCAGUGGCAUCCCACAAUAGAUGUUUUGUUUUCUUGCAGUUAUGAUAACACCAUCAAGGUUUGGUGGUCUGAAGAUGACGAUGGUGACUAUCAAUGUGUCCAAACCUUAGAUGAGUCUAACAACGGUCACACCUCUACUGUUUGGGCCAUUUCAUUUAACGCUGCAGGGGACAAGAUGGUCACUUGUAGUGAUGAUCUAACCUUGAAGAUAUGGGAGACAGAUAUUGCAAAGAUGCAUUCUAGUGAAGGAUAUGUUCCCUGGACUCAUGUUUGUACACUCUCUGGUUAUCAUGACCGUACCAUAUACUCAGCUCACUGGUCAAGGGAUGACAUUAUUGCGAGUGGAGCAGGCGAUGAUGCUAUACGGUUGUUUGUGGACAGCAAACUUGACUCUGUUGAUGGACCUUCAUAUAAUCUCUUGCUAACGAAGGAAAAAGCACAUGAAAUGGAUAUAAACUCUGUUCGAUGGUCACCCGGUGAGGAGAACCGGUUGCUUGCGUCAGCCAGUGAUGAUGGGAUGGUCAAGAUUUGGGAGCUUGCAACUAAACCGUGA